GAAGGCUGGAGAGCGCAGAUGGCAGGGAUAAGAAGAUAAACUUGAAAGCGUCUCGCUCGGAUUUCUUUGUCAAUUCAAGAGGACAAGCUCUGGAAAAUUUCUCCUAUUACAAUGCGCCCAUGGAUCAAAUAGAUAAAGACCCUUUCCGCCAAUCCUCUCAAGCCCUAAGCACAUCGGUCGCCGAGGCUCAUCAGCAGCUCCCUCUCCCGCCCUUGCCGUCCGCUGGUCACCUUCCCGAUUCCAGGCUGGAAACAGAAUGCAAGGACAGUGUUGCUGCAAGAAAAGUUCAGAAAGCUGACCGUGAGAAAUUGAGGAGGGAUCGUCUGAAUGAGCAGUUUUUGGAGUUGGGAAAAGUGUUAGAUCCUGAUAGACCCAAAAAUGACAAAGCAUCCAUUCUCACCGAUACAAUCCAAAUGGUGAAGGAUUUGACAACUCAAGUUGAGAGAUUAAAAGUGGAGUAUGCCACACUGACUACAGAAUCCCGUGAGUUGACUCAGGAGAAAAAUGAUCUCAGAGAAGAAAAGGCUUCUCUUAAAUCUGAUAUUGAGAACCUUAAUACUCACUAUCAGCAGAGACUCAGGACUACAUUUCCAUGGGCUGCUAUUGAUCAUUCAGUUGUUAUGCACCCUCCUUCAUAUCCCUUGCCAAUGCCAGUUCCCAUGCCAAUAGCCCCUGGGCCAAUUCCCAUGCAUCCAUCGUUGCAACCAUACCCCUUUUUUGGGAAUCAAAAUCCUGGUGUUAUUCCUAACCCUUGUUCAACUUUUGUUCCAUAUGUAACUCCUAAUACCAUGAUUGAACAACAGUCCACCCAGAAUCUAUCUCCUGCCGUACAGCCGGGCACUAGGUUGAAUAUUUCAGGGCAACAAAAUUCAAGAAAAAAGGCAUCUGAUUGUCAAGGGGAAAGCAAGAUUGAAAGAGGUGAGGCCUCAAAUGAUGUCACAACAGACCUUGAGCUCAAGACACCUGGAUCUACUGGAGAUGAGGACUCUUCAUCUCGACAAAGGAAAUCCAAGAAAUUGCCCAGGAAGGAAAACAGCCUCACAGAUGGGAGCUCCUCGACUAGGUUCUCUUCAUCUCCUAGCAUCCAAGAUAGCUCAUCAAGUAGCGUAGUUGGCGGUGGGAAGGCCGAUGACUGAAGAAGGUCAUAAAUGGGGAAUAAUAUUCUACUAAUGGUAUCUCAAGUAGUUUUUAUGUUAAUCUCGUUCACCUCCAAGUUAGAUAUCUAUCUUACAUAGGCGUAAUACUUACGCUGCAUGUGACUGUAGAAUCGGUCACCUUUGCUAGGCACAGAACAUGUAGGGUGCAAGGUUAGAGUUACUAGGGAACUAUGUAUUCUUCAUCAUCUUCAUUUCGAUAUGGAGAGGUGCUUGGGAUUUGUGUUAAACGGUGCUGUAAAUUCAGAAUAGAUCAUUGCAAGGAAGUAAACUUGGAGGUUUCGGGUAUGUAUCUCUUCAAUCAGGGUUUAGCGUAUGGUGGGUCUUGACAACAUUAACCGAAAUACGGGUUUAUAAUUUUAAACAGUACUGCGAUUUAGCAGUCCAGUAGAA